UUAUGUAAAAACUCUUCAUAUUAAUGAUGAUCAAAGCAGAAUUAGUCUCUAACUCACUCAACUAAAAAAUAUUUGUGAUUGAAAAAAAAAAACUAUUAACACAUACCAAAAUCUAAGAAAAGGAGGGAAAAAGGAGAAAGAAAGAAAAAAAAAAAGAAAAGAAAAGAAAACUUUAUAGCAAUAAAUAAAAACACCAUUAUGAGGUUGUACAUGGCACAAUGGCAUUCUCUCCCAACUCUCAUCAUCUCCUUAAUAUCUCUCUCUCCCACUGGUUUUAGAAACCCAAGAACAAGAUUUUGAAGUAAGAUUUGCGGUUGGUUUGUGUGUUGGUUAGGUUGUUGGGAUCUCUGUUGUUCCUCUUUCUCUCUCUGUCUAUUUUCUCAGACACACACACUUAAGAUACACAAGGCCAUUAUACGUAGUACACACAAUUUUCGGUAUCUCUCUAUAUUUGGGGUCACACAUACAUAGGUAAUGGCACAGUUACCUCCCAAAAUACCAACCAUACCCCAAAAUUGGCCAUCUUUCCCUCACCAGAGGGUACCCUCAAUGGCCAACUUCUCCCCCACAACCUCAACCACCACCACCACCACCACCGCCACCACUCCUCCGCCGCCAUCAUGGGUCGACGAGUUUCUCGACUUCUCGUCGGCCCGGCGGGGGGCCCACAGGCGAUCCGCCAGCGACUCCAUUGCCUUCCUGGAAACGCCCUUCCUCGAAGAAUGUCGGGCCGGUUUCGACCGCCUCGACGAGGACCAGCUCAUUUCCAUGUUCUCCGACGACAUUGCCACCGCCGCGCUGCCGCCGCCGCCCCUCUCCUCGGCCUCCAACCCCUCCUCGCCGUCCUCCGACCAGAAUAGCAACAACGACGAGAAGCCAAUGGCAAUGGCGUUGGACGUUAAGCCCAAGACGGAAACCGUUGAGGAUGAAAGCUCCUGCAAGAAUGAGGCGGCGCCGCCGCCACCCUCCGCCUCCGCCACCUGCACUGAAACCGUUGUCGAUCCCAAGAGGGUCAAAAGAAUUUUGGCAAAUAGGCAAUCAGCUCAGAGGUCAAGGGUGAGAAAGCUACAAUACAUUUCUGAGCUUGAAAGGAGCGUAACUACUUUACAGACGGAGGUAUCAGCAUUGUCACCACGAGUUGCAUUCCUGGACCAUCAACGUUUGAUUCUUAAUGUCGACAAUAGUGCCUUGAAGCAACGGAUUGCUGCUUUGGCCCAAGACAAGAUUUUCAAAGACGCUCACCAAGAAGCACUAAAGAAGGAAAUAGAGAGACUGAGGCAAAUCUACCACCAACAGAACCUACAGAAGAUGAGUAACUCGGUGAACAACAAUGUUCAAUCAACACAAACAUCACAGGCACAAGCAAUGCAACUCCAUCAGCAGCAGCUAACAGUUUCUCAACCAUUGGGAUGCAAGGACAAUAAGGAGCAGCUCCUGAGUUGAGACAAGGAAUAGUGCUGUGGAUGUAUGUUCCUUGCAAUUGGUGCUAUGCUAACUAGAACUUUCACGUGAUGUGUUUCCCGUCCAUGUUGAAGUGGGGUUCAUGACAUAGUGAUGGGGUUGGAGGGUAGGAAGUUGACAAGUGGAUUGCUUGAAUAGGUUGAAGAAUUUUAUGCUUUCAAGGUGGUGAAUUGGUUACCUUGGGGGUUGGAUUGGAAUUUUGGGAUUUGAUGAUUUCUUCUGAUUACACUUUUGGUUUUUCUUUUUUAACAGAAAAAUUAUUCUCAAUCAUUUUUUAUUUUGUUGGGUGGAAUAAGGGGACAAAGCAUCGUGGUUUUGUAUUGGGAUAUGCAUGGAAGCUGUCAGAGAAUUAUUUUUCUCCUUUUUUUUUGUUUGGAGGAAGGGGGUGUCUGAUCGCACUAUUUUUCUUGUUUUUCUUCCUUGGGACUAAUUGUUUGCUAUUUUAUUUUAUUUUGGAUGAAUUGUACAAAAU